AUGGAGAAUGAAUCAGAACUCCUCACUGUUCCUGAUGGUUGGAAGGAACCAGCUUUUUCCAAAGAGGACAAUCCCAGAGGACUCUUGGAAGAGAGCAGUUUUGCAACUUUGUUCCCAAAAUAUAGGGAGGCUUACCUGAAAGAGUGCUGGCCAUUGGUACAGAAAGCCUUGAAUGAACAUCACAUUAAUGCAACCCUGGACCUGAUUGAGGGCAGUAUGACUGUGUGUACAACAAAGAAGACUUUUGAUCCAUAUAUCAUCAUUAGGGCCAGAGACCUAAUAAAACUUUUAGCAAGGAGUGUUUCAUUUGAACAGGCAGUACGAAUUCUUCAGGAUGAUGUUGCAUGUGACAUCAUUAAAAUAGGUUCUUUAGUAAGAAAUAAAGAAAGAUUUGUAAAAAGAAGACAACGUCUCAUUGGUCCCAAAGGAUCUACAUUGAAGGCUUUGGAACUCUUAACAAACUGUUAUAUUAUGGUUCAGGGAAACACAGUUUCAGUCAUUGGACCUUUUAGUGGCUUAAAAGAGGUUCGAAAAGUAGUCCUAGAUACUAUGAAGAAUAUUCAUCCAAUUUAUAACAUUAAAACCUUAAUGAUUAAACGAGAGUUGGCAAAAGAUUCUGAAUUAAGAUCACAAAGUUGGGAAAGAUUUUUGCCACAGUUUAAGCACAAGAAUGUGAAUAAACGCAAGGAACCAAAGAAAAAAACUGUCAAGAAAGAGUACACACCAUUCCCACCACCACAGCCAGAAAGUCAGAUUGAUAAAGAAUUGGCUAGUGGUGAAUAUUUUCUGAAGGCAAGUCAAAAGAAGCGACAGAAAAUGGAAGCCAUAAAGGCUAAACAAGCAGAAGCUCUUAGUAAAAGACAAGACGAAAGAAACAAAGCUUUUAUUCCACCUAAGGAAAAACCAGUUGUGAAACCAAGGGAAGCUUCUACUGAAAAUAAAAUUGAUGUGGCUGCCAUCAAGGAAAAGGUUAAGAAAGCCAAGAAUAAGAAACUGGGAGCUCUUUCAGCUGAAGAAGUUAAGCUUAAAAUGGAAGCAGAUGAAAAAAAGAAGAAGAAAAAAAAGUAACAUUUAAAAAAAACCCUGGAUGAGAACCAUUUAAGCUAUCUCCUUUUGUAAAGGAUUUUGAGAUACUAGGGCAUUAGUAGCCUGUAUGUGAGAAGGAAUACUCUGAUCACAUUUUUCUGAGUUUAUGUCAUUCUUCAAAACAGUGUUUAUAUAAACACCUGUCCUUUAUAAAUAUAAA